AUGUCUUUCAGAUCUUUCUCAACUUCAAUUAUUCGCCAAUUCGAAUCUAAAUCUUAUUAUGCUGCUAAAUUAGUCAAGCCAGCUGCUGUUAAUACUGGUGCUACUACUAAAAUCGUAGCAACUCCUGCUCAUCAACUUAAGUGGAAUCCAACUGACGGUAAUUCAUUCCGUUCAUUUGCCGAGUAUAGAUUAAAGGUUUCUAAUCAAUCCCCCUUAGCCGUUAGAUCAGGUAAUUAUAUUUCUGUGUCAUCAGUCGAUUUGGUUGAUAAGAUAAAAUCAUUAGCUGAUAAUUUCUUACCAUUAUAG